AUGGCGAUACGGACUACACGCACCGGACAAAAUGCCUUGCUUUCGCACCUGAGAGCCCUACUCACCCUCCAGAGGUUUAAUCACAACUUGGCCGAAGCUGGAUCUCAAGCUCAACCCAAUGCUAAUGUGGGUUCUGAUUCAGUGAGUCAGCAAGGUCGAAUUGAGUUUUCAAAAUGGAGAAAGAUGGAUUCAAGGACCUUGGGGAUAACCCGGUCAAUGAUUUCUUGGCCUUCCUGGAUUGUCAUGAAGGUUCUUCAAAGCAAAGGUUUUGAAGUCUACUUAGUUGGUGGAUGUGUUAGAGAUUUACUCCUAAAUAGAAUACCGAAAGAUUUUGAUCUGAUCACCACAGCUGCACUUAAGCAGAUCCGGAAGCAGUUUCAUCAUUCUGAAAUUGUUGGACGAAGAUUUCCUAUUUGUAGGGUGCAUGUAAAGGGCUCUGUCAUUGAGGUAUCUAGCUUCGAAACUGUGGCACAACAUGCUGAAAAAGAAAAGUUUCUUUUCUCUCAAAUGCCAAAGGGCUGUGAUAAAAAGGACUUUACUCGCUGGAGAAACUGCAUGCAUCGAGACUUCACAAUUAACAGCUUAUUCUUCGAUCCUUUUGUCAAUAAAAUCUAUGAUUAUGCCAAUGGGAUGAUGGAUAUAAGGUCCUUAAAGCUACGGACAUUGAUACCUGCUGAGUUGUCAUUUAAAGAGGACUGUGCAAGAAUCCUGCGGUGCUUGAGACUUGCAGCUCGUCUUAGCCUAUCUUUCUCAAAGGAGACUGAGGCUGCUAUACGUAAACUUUCUCCAUCCAUUAAUAACUUGAAUAAGUCCAGGAUGAUAAUGGAGUUGAACUAUAUGCUGUCCUAUGGGGCUGCUGAAUCUUCUCUUUGUUUACUUUGGAGAUUCAAUAUGCUUGAUAUUCUGCUACCAGUUCAUGCAGCAUACCUUGAUCAGCAGACAAGAAAACAAUCUGGUCAGAGUUCCAUAAUGUUAAUGAAAUUGUUUUUCCAACUGGAUAAGUUGGUUACUUGUGAUAGACCUUCCGACUGUAUUUUGUGCUCUAUACUUUCCAUCCUUGAUCAGCCAAAGUAUAUUGCUUUGCUGGAAGCUUUAUGGAUACGAGCAUAUUACUUCCGAUCAUCCUAUAUAAAAUGGGUUGGACUUUUGGCGUUUCAUCUGGGAUUAUUAAAUAAGCCCCAACAUGCCCUUGUAGUUUUGACUUUUGCUUCUGUUCUUUAUCAUGGAAAUUGGAAGGAAGGUGUCAAAUUUGCAAGACAAAAUGCUCAAACGCCACUCAGUUUUGUACCAGAAAUUUCAGAGGCCUGUGAAUUUAUAUCAGAUGAUGAACUUGCCGAAAGAGUUAUUCAAUUAGCAUCGCUAGUGCAAGAUUCUAUAGAUAUUUUAACUGAUGAAGACAGUCUCCUUGAAACAAUGGCCAGAUUCCCAGGUUUACCGUGCUCUGGUGUGGUGAGUAUAUCUAGUUUGGUUUCUAGUCUUUGUAUUCAAUGA